AUGCGGGCAGUGGCACAAGGCGCCGCUGCUCCGGCUGCGCCCUGUUCCGGUGCCGCCGGCCGGGCUGCACGAGUACGACCGUGGGGAGUAGGGAGUAGGCGAGAUGGUCUGCCGAGGGCUGAGCUGAGGGCUGCCGGCGUAAGGGUGAGGGAUCGAACGGGGUCGGUAUCGGCAUCGGAAGGGGCGAGUCGCGAACAAGUUCCCCUAGUCGGUGGACUAGUUCGCUCCGGCCUGAUGUUGGGCCAAAAACUAAAUGGGUACUUGGACUUCUUGGACCCCAACUAG